UUUCAACAAGAGAAAGAGAACUACUUUAUAUAGAUUUGCAUACGUUCCGAAGAAUACACCUUGACCUCAACCUCGAAAAUAAAUAUCCCAUUAACCUAAUUAACAAACGUGUUAAUCGUAUACAAUCAAUCAAGGUGAUCGUACCGCAACGAUAAAUACACAAGUACCAAUAAUAUAACUAGGUCUUUCCAAUUUGCAACAAUUCUACCUUACAAAUCACGCUAAGUACUUUGUCGUAUUGUCCUGUUUUAUCUUGUCCUUGAAUCAAAGAUAAUAUGGAGUGAGAAUUAGAUCACUAGUCUAACCCUUGACACAUGCAUCGGGAAAGUAUCGACCAGAGAGGAGUGUGUAUCGUGAAGCUGGUACCAAGACUGGUACCGAAACACUUUACACCCCCUAGAACCAACCACGCAAAGAUAUUGAUACGUUCGUGAAUCUAAAAGACCUCCAGCAAUGACCUAGAUCGAUUUCGUAUCGAUCUCAGAGUAUCACGACACACGUCGAUCAUAUAUAAACGACUUUCUGCGAUGUACGCUAAUAGUCAAUGCACCAUGACCGUCACAGUAUACACAGGUCAUUGUCCAACACUUAAGUUUAGAGUUGGAAAAAGAUUUGGAGCUAAUACGGAAGAAAUAAUGAGGGAGUUGUUGGAAAAGAAGAUCUUGAAAUCAGGGCCUUAUAGGCCGAAUUCCGGUAAGGACGUUGCGCUCGUUACGAUACCGAACGAGAAGGACAUUAGAAGAGAUUGGAAAAAUGACGCACACUUGUAUAAAUCACCGCCAUACAUUUUAGGAUACACAGGAUAUAUACCUGGCUUUAACAGCAGUUAUGGUCUUCCCUUUAUGAGGGCUGUCGAAGAGGGUGCAAAAGAAUGGCACGAAGUUCAAACUAAACUAAGAGCACGUAUGGACAUGAUGAGGGCACAGGCUGAAAGGACUAAUUCAAGAAAUCUUUUAUCACGUGUCAGAGCAGAUAAUGUUGCUGUUGAGAUCGAUCAUGGUCACAAACGAGAACGAGUUAUUUUUGAUUGUACGGUUUCUCCAGAAAAUCCACCGAUCGUUGGUUACACAGGACACAUUCCUGGAGCAAAAGGUGAAGUUGCACUUUCUAAAAGAUACGCUCAAGCUGUUAAAACGGGUUUAAAAUCAGUAAGAAAAGAGCGUGAACAAAGACUGAAUAAAUUAAAGGAUGUUCAUCCUGUACAAAGGGUACUCGAUGCUGCUUGCGUCGAUGAAACUGGUCAUACGAGAGCAUAAAAAAUGAAAA